CAAGAUGGCGUCGAUGCGCGAGAGCGACACCGGCCUGUGGCUCCACAACAAGCUGGGCUCCACCGACGAGCUGUGGGCGCCGCCCAGCAUCGCCUCGCUCCUCACCGCCGCCGUCAUCGACAACAUCCGCCUCUGCUUCCACGGCCUCUCCUCGCCCGUCAAGCUCAAGCUGCUCCUCGGCGCUCUGCACCUGCCCCGGCGCGCCGUCGACGAGAUGAAAGUUGCCCUGGGCGACAUUAUCCAGCUCGCUACUUUGGAUUCAGACCCCUGGGUCUUAAUGGUAGCUGAUAUUUUAAAAUCAUUUCCAGAUACGGGCUCCCUUAACCUUGAUCUGGAAGAGCAGAACCCCAAUGUUCAGGAUAUUUUAGGGGAACUGCGAGAAAAAGUGAGCGAAUGUGAAACUUCCGCCAUGUUGCCGUUAGAAUGCCAGUACUUAAAUAAAAAUGCCUUGACCACGUUGGCUGGACCACUGACUCCGCCCGUGAAACAUUUCCAGCUGAAACGGAAGCCGAAAAGCGCUACUCUCCGGGCCGAGCUCUUGCAGAAGUCUACUGAAACUGCUCAGCAACUGAAGAAGACCGCGGGAGUGCCUUUCCAUGCCAAAGGAAGGGGGCUGGUCAAAAAGAUAGAUACAACAACACCGCUCAAAGGAAUCCCGAAACAAGCACCAUUCAGGAAUCCCACCACCCCGAGCGUAUUCAGCCCUGCUGGAAACAGAACGCCCAUUCCUCCUUCGAGAACUCCUCUGAGCAAAGAAAGAGGAGUAAAGUUUCUAACUAUCAAAGAGCUGGAAGUGGUCAGUGCUGGCCGGGAAGCGAAAAGAAGAAGAAAGACUUUAGAUUCAAAAGUGGUGGAGAAACCAGCAAAAGAGGAAACCAUUCUAGAAAAUGCCACUCCAGAUUACGCAGCUGGACUUGUGUCUACUCAGAAACUGGGAGCGUUGAAUAAUGAGCCUGCCCUGGCUUCCACCAGCUACCUUCCUGCAGCCCCCAGCAUCGUGCCGUCUUCCUCUUACGUUCCAAGUUCUGACGCGCAAACAGCCGGAUCCGCCCGAGAACCCUUAGCAGCGAAAGAAGAGGCCGCCACGCCCCCCGCCGGCGCGGUCCCGACUCAGUUCCAGCAAAGGACGCCCAUGUACAACAGCAACGCCAACUCGGUGGCGGCGACGCCUGCCUCUCCUGUGACCCCUCCAGCCACAGCUCCGGCGGUGCAGGCACCCCCGGCGGCACCACAGACUCAACAGGCGGCGCCAAAGAAAACCCUCCUUCUAACCAGGGAACAAACGUACGCAGCACAAGAAAUGUUCAAGACCGCAAACAAAAUCACAAAGCCAGAGAAGGCGCUUAUUUUGGGAUUCAUGGCAGGCUCGAGAGAGAACCCGUGCCAGGAGCAGGGCAAUAUCAUCCAGAUCAAGCUGAGCGAGCACACGGAGCAGCUGCCCAAGGCAGAUGGCACUGGGAGCACUACCAUGCUGGUCGACACAGUCUUCGAAAUGAACUACGCCACCGGCCAGUGGACCAGGCUAAAGAAGUACAAGCCCCUGACCAACGUCUCCUAA